UUUGGAGCAGAGUGCAGCCCAGACAGACAGGGCUCAUAAACCCAGCACCUGCCACCCCAGGCACCUUGCCUGCAGGCUGGGCUUCUCUGUGCAGCCGACAUGCCCUCACGCCCACCCUGUCCCGGGGAGGCCAGUGCCGUCUGCUCGGGGGCCGGGCUCCCACAGCCCCCAAGGGGCACACCGCCACUCUGGCAAGCUUGCUGUCAGGCUCUGGAGCCCUGGCAUUCGGGGCGCUGGCCAUGUAGACCUGAUACCCACCCUGGCCCAGGCACAGAGGUGCUGGAUGGACGCAGGCGCUGGUGGGCUUGGGGGCCCACAGGGCUUCCGGGGAGGGAGGCUCAGAGCCUGGGGAGGGUGGAGCCCAAGGCCCUGGACCCCUGGUUCUGGUGGGGAGACGGGACAGAAGCAGAUCCUUUGGGGGGCAGAUGGUCACUGCGCUGUGUCCUCCCAACAAGGCGAGGGCCGAGGAGGCCCCGAGGGCCCAACUGGACGCCAGCCCCCCGGACGGUCCCCCACCCCCUGGCACAGACUGGCCCCCACAAUCCUCGCGCGCCUGUCGCUUUAAGUGCCUGGCUGUCCCUGCAAACUGCUCCUUCCACAUUCUCGGGGUGGUGGGGUGGCGGGAGGGUGGGGUGCCGGCACGCCCUCCCGUGAGGCCCAUAAGGUGCAGGGCAGGCGGCACCCGGGAGGGGAGCUGCCCGCCACCCGCCAGACUCAUGGCCCUGCUGCUCCUGGCGCUGCUGGCGCUGCUGGUGCUCUGGGGGCUGCUCUGCGCCCGGGCCGCUGCCCCAGCCCCGGCCCCCUGCUGGCCCCCGGGGCCGCGCCCCCUGCCCCUCGUCGGGAACCUCCACUUGCUGCGGGGGGCACAGCAGGACGAGGCGCUGAUGCAGGUGGGUCCACGGGGCCCUGGAGGCCGCCGUCCGCGGGCUGGGGCCAGAGCUGCCGGCAGACAGCAGCAGCUGGCCCUGCUGCACCGUGCGAUCCACAGAGACUCGCUGCCCACCCCCGGGCCUCAGUCUGCCCAUCUGCAGAAUGGGCGGGCGAGUGGUGAGGACAGAGGGGACCGGAGGGGCGUGAGGGACCCCAGGGACCUGGGGGUGGGACAGCAGAUGGACCCUGCCUCUCCCCACCAGCUCGGCAAACAGUACGGGCCGGUGUUCACUGUGCAUCUUGGGCACCAGAAGACGGUGGUGCUGACCGGCUACGAGGCGGUGAAGGAGGCCCUGGUGGGCACCAGGCAGGAGCUGGCUGGCCGGCCCCCCAUUGCCAUCUUCCAGCUCAUCAAUGGAGGCGGGGGCGUCUUCUUCUCUUCAGGCCCACGCUGGCGGGCCGCCCGCCAGCUCACCGUACGUGCCCUCCACGGCCUGGGUGUGGGGAGGGCGCCCGUGGCCAACAAGGUCUUGCAGGAGCUGAGGUGCCUCACGGCGCAGCUGGACAGCUACGAAGGCCGGCCCUUCCCGCUGGCCCUGCUCCGCUGGGCUCCCUCCAACAUCACCUUCACGCUCCUCUUCGGCCAGCGGUUCGACUACCGGGAUCCUGUGUUCCUGUCCCUGCUGGGCCUCGUUGAUGAGGUCAUGGUCCUCCUGGGGAAGCCGAGUGUGCAGCUCUUCAACCUCUACCCACGGCUCGGGGCCCUCCUCCAGCUGCACCGGCCGGUCCUGCGCAAGAUCGAGGAGGUGCGGGCCAUCCUGAGGGCCCUCCUGGAGGCGCGGCGGCACCGCACACCCCCGCGAGGGCCAGAGCAGAGCUACCUGGACGCCCUGAUCCAGCAGGGCCAGGGGAAAGACCCCGAGGGCCUGUUUACCGAGGCCAACGUGGUGGCCUGUGUCCUGGACAUGGUCAUGGCCGGCACGGAGACCACCGCCGCCACGCUGCAGUGGGCCGCCCUCCUGAUGGGCAAGCACCCGCGCGUGCAGAGCCGUGUGCAGGAGGAGCUGGACCGCGUGCUGGGGCCCGCGCGGCUCCCGCGGCCAGAGGACGUGCACGCCCUGCCCUACACUAACGCCGUGCUGCACGAAGUGCAGCGCUUCAUCACGCUGCUGCCCCACGCGCCGCGGUGCACGAUCGCCAACACCCAGCUGGGCCCCUACCUGCUCCCCAAGGGCACACCCGUGCUGGCCCUACUGAACUCCGUGCUCCUGGACGAGACGCAGUGGGAGACGCCCCGCCAGUUCAACCCGGGCCACUUCCUGGACGCCAACGGGCGCUUCGUCAAGCGGCCGGCCUUCCUGCCUUUCUCCGCAGGCCGCCGCGUCUGCGUGGGGGAGAGCCUGGCCAGGUCGGAGCUGUUCCUCCUGUUCGCGGGCCUCCUGCAGAGGUACCGCCUGCUGCCCCCGCCCGGCCUCAGCGUCGCUGCCCUGGACACCACGCCCGCCCCUGCCUUCACCGCGCGGCCGUCCGCUCAGGUGCUGUGCGCCAUGCCCAGGCUGCAGGGGCGCUGA